ACGGCACAACAAAUCAAAAGAUCCAUCCUCAAAAACCACGGAACCUCUGCAACCAGCAACUGCAACCGCCAUCCAAACAAAGCUGCUUCCAACUCAUCAGUGCACAUGAUCGACCAAGCAACGACUGGCAAUAAGAAAAUAAAUAGCUGUUGCGAACAGCAGCUGCAGCAGCUGCAACAGCAACAAUGCAACAGAAGUCUCAGGAAAAAUCCAGCGCAAGAUCAACUGACGCAAGAUGGAGACUGCGAAGUCUGUGAGAACGAUUACGAAAUGCAACAAACACGCAGCUGCUGCUGCAACAGCAAGCGAUGUGGCGACGCUUCUUGCGUCAGCGUCGACAAAUCCAAAAAACUUUCACAACAAGAAUUGCUGAUAUCGAGCAAGCCGAGCCUGACAUCUGACGAGGGCGGCAAAAAUAAUUCAACGUUGGAAAAAAAUUCAAUCACCAGGGUCUGCCAGGGGAGGAAAAAAGUGUCGUUCUUACUGUGA